CGGCAAGGGGCGGCGAUGUCGACGGGCCUCCGGGGCGCCGGGCUCCCGAGCUGGAAGCGCCACAUCGCGGAGGAGCUGCGGCGGCGGGACCGGCUCCAGAGGCAGGCCUUCGAGGAGAUCAUCGCGCAGUAUAAUAAGUUGCUGGAGAAAUCAGAUCUUCAGUCGGUGUUGGCUGACAAACUACAAGCAGAAAAAUAUGACUUGCAAAGCAGGCACGAGAUCAGUCCAGGCCAUGAUGGCACGUGGAAUGAUGCUCAGCUCCAGGAAAUGGCCCAGCUGAGGAUCAAACAUCAGGAAGAGUUAACUGAAUUGCAUAAGAAGCGUGGGGAGUUAGCUCAGUCGGUGAUCGACCUGAAUAACCAGAUGCAGCAGAAGGACCGGGAGAUGCAGAUGAAUGAAGCAAAAAUUGCCGAAUGUUUGCAGAAAAUCAGUGAGCUGGAGACUGAGUGCCAAGAACUUCGAAAUAAGCUGCAGGACCUCGAAAGAGCCAACCAGACACUAAAGGAUGAAUAUGAUGCCCUGCAGAUCACCUUUACUGCCUUAGAAGAGAAACUGAGGAAAACCACGGAGGACAACCAAGAGCUGGUCACUCGCUGGAUGGCUGAGAAAGCCCAGGAGGCUAAUCGUCUCAAUGCAGAAAACGAGAAGGAUUCUCGACGCCGCCAGGCCCGGCUGCAGAAGGAGCUUGCAGAAGCUGCCAAGGAGCCGUUGCCUGUAGAACCGGAUGAUGACAUAGAAGUGCUUGUGGAUGAAGCUUCAGAUGCGGCCGAGGAGACGUCGCCCAUUCGAGCGGUCAGCCGGACAGCCACUAAGCGACUCUCCCAGCCUGCUGGAGGCCUUCUGGACUCUAUCACUAAUAUCUUUGGUCUGUCCGAGUCUCCCCUUUUGGGACACCACCCUUCUUCUGAUGCUGCCAGGAGGCGUUCUGUCUCCUCCUUCCCUGUUCCUCAGGAUAACCCAGAUGCUCAUCCUACUUCUAGUAAAGAAGUGCGGGUCCCCACAACUGCAGUUUAUGUCUUUGACGCUCACGAUGGAGAAGUGAAUGCCGUGCAGUUCAGCCCCGGCUCCCGGUUACUCGCCACAGGAGGCAUGGAUCGGAGGGUCAGACUUUGGGAAGUGUUUGGAGAUAAAUGUGAGGCAAAGGGCUCCCUUUCUGGCAGUAAUGCAGGAAUCACCAGCAUUGAGUUUGACAGUGCUGGAUCUUAUCUCUUGGCGGCUUCAAAUGAUUUCGCCAGCAGGAUUUGGACUGUGGAUGAUAACCGGUUACGGCACACGCUCACAGGGCACAGUGGGAAAGUCCUGUCUGCCAAGUUCCUGCUGGACAACGCACGGAUUGUUUCAGGAAGUCAUGACCGGACCCUCAAACUCUGGGAUCUGCGCAGCAAAGUCUGUAUAAAAACGGUAUUUGCCGGAUCCAGUUGCAAUGAUAUCGUCUGCACGGAACAGUGUGUAAUGAGUGGACAUUUUGACAAGAAGAUCCGUUUCUGGGACAUAAGAUCUGAAAGUAUAGUCCGGGAAUUGGAACUCUUGGGGAAGAUCACAGCCCUCGACUUGAACCCAGAGAGAACAGACCUCUUAAGCUGCUCCCGAGAUGACCUCCUAAAAAUUAUUGACCUGCGAGUUAAUGCUGUCAAACAGACCUUCAGUGCUCCGGGAUUCAAGUGUGGGUCCGAUUGGACCCGAGUUGUCUUCAGCCCUGACGGCAGCUACAUAGCAGCUGGCUCAGCGGAGGGGUCUCUCUACAUCUGGAGCGUGCUCACGGGCAAGGUGGACAGGGUCCUUUCGAAGCAACACAGUUCUUCAAUUAAUGCAGUGGCAUGGUCACCUUCUGGCACUCACGUGGUCAGUGUGGACAAAGGAAACAAAGCUAUUCUGUGGUCUGAAUACUGACUGGAUGGCAUAGGAAAAACAAAAUCUCAGGUGCCAUCUUUGUAGGAGAGCUGUUCCAGGACGGAAGGAUCGAGGAAGGCUCGGCCUAAAGCUGGCGUUCCAUGGGGUUUAUUGCCAAGGGUGCCACUGUGACUUCCCAGAGAAGAGCUCUUGUGACAAAUACAGCGGCUAUUGUUCCUUGGACAGAAUUUCAGAGGCCUCGAAGAUAAAUACUGAGAAAAUAAUCGACACUGCAGGUGUUUCACAAGGGAUCUGCUUCCUGCCCUUGGUUUGGAUGAAGAACACUACUGGCUUUGACUUUCUGUGCCUCAGGGGAUGGAGCACACAGCACCAGCUGGGUCCCCUCACGGACAGCAAUGCCAAUUAUCCCAAAUAGCCAUGUUCAUUCUCCUUUAGCACUUUCCCUCAUCCUUAAAAAGUUAGGAAUUAUUCACGGUUCUGGUCUAACCCAAGUCCCAGUGUUUUUUGGGUCCAACAAGUUGACCUGAAAUAUGGAAAGGGUGGGUCCUAAUGGGUCUGGAGCAUGGUGGAGCGGGCAUAAGUGAGUCUGGUGGUCUCUAGUGUGUCUUUGUUUACAUGUCUCUUCUUCUGAUCUUCUCUAGCCACCCCUACAGAAAUUCACCAUUCUGCUUAAGCUGCUGCACAUGGGAGAAUCAGAGUAGGAAACAGUCUCCUUCUAUGUAUCAGUUUGAUGUAAAGCUUGGGACGGAGAUACCACGGAGGGAGGAGGGGGGCGUGCUGUCGUCAUGAGCAGUGUGGCAUGCCUGUUAUUCCCCAGGCCACUCUCUGUCCCACCAUCCUCUCCAGCUAUGCUUCUGUUAAGUUGUUGGUAGCUUGCAAGAGGUUGAAACCUUGAAUGUAUCACUCUGGGACUUGACCCCUUCCAGUGACCUGUCCCCUUCACCAAGCACACGUGCGAUACCUCUUUGGUGCUUGACGGAAGAAGCAUGAGGAAGCCAAAGCACUUCUGCCUCCUCCCAUCUGAGAGCCCAUGAUGAGGCAGAGCGGAUUUGGGGGGAUGACACUGACUCAACAUUUAUCCCUGCGUGUAAAAUUUCAAUUAUGUCAGAUGGGCUUCUAAGCCGCCUUUUGUUGUCACCGUCUAAUUUGCACUUUAUUUUGCUUCCUUCCUGAACCACUUCCGUCUGUAGUUUGGGAAGCGUCUCUUAGUGCUGGGUUAAAGGCCUGGGGUUUCAGUUGCCUCGUCUGCAAGGUGACCUCUAAGGUUCCUUCCGCCUCCAAGUCUCCAAUCCUCAGCCAAGGGAAUACUCUCCACAUUCUUGUUCCUUGCCUACCCUCACACUACUCUGAUCCCAGUUCUUGAUUCAGGCGACCUCUCUGGAAAGGAGUCAAAUGAACUAGACAGACCUGGACACAGCUUUUAUUUAUUUUAUUAUACUGCCCAGGAGAACUUGAUUGUAAAUAAAUUCUGCUUUAAAAAUUUCA